AUGAUGCGUAGACGUAGACCGGAUGGCGGCGCUGUCGAUGGAUCUGGCGCUGAGCAGAUGGCAGCGGCUGGCGCGGUGCAAGCGGCGGCAGCUGGUGAUCGGCAGAUGGCGGCUGCGGGCGCUGAAGGCGAUGCAGCACAGGCGCUUGGGGCGAGAGGAGAUGCAGCUGAGGGAGGCCUGGAACUGGUUGGACAAGAACUUGUACCAGCUUCUCAAGCCUUGGCCUUGAGGACACCGGAUGGGUUGGAGAAAGGGCGAGGGUCAGACGCUGCAAAGGGCUCUAGGUCACCAAGGGCAGCCACAGAACCAGUUAGCCAGGGUCAGAAGUCAAAGGAGGGUCCCCAUUCCUUUGUGACACCAGAGGGACAGGUCCAAAGUAUGUUGCCACUUUUUUCACCAGAGCAGACGGUGAAACUUCAUGAGAUCCACCAGAUGCCUUUUGCAUCGCCUGCGGCUUCAUGGAAUGGUCCUGCCGUUGGAGAACAUGGACACGGGGGAGCUGAGCGACAAGCAGUUCCAGGUUGGUUCACAGGGUUGCUUCAAUCAGUAGGAUCUCAGCAAGGUGAACAUGAGGCGAGGCAAAGGGAUUACAUGUGGAGAAUGCAAGUUGAGCAUGGCAUAGAACAUCUAGGGGUUCAGUUGCGUGCGGCACAGCAUGAAAACCAAAGACUUCGUCAAGAGCGUCAAGAGUUGUUGGAAGCCUUGGAAAAGAAGGGAUCGUCGAGGUUUACCACACCAGAUGACAAAGCAGCCAGCAUGUUAAAAAAGGAGGAAGGGGCAGAGUCCCGGCAAGAAAGACCUUCCAAGGAGGAAGGGGCAGGUGCCCGGCAAGGAACACCUUCUAAGGAGGAAGGGGCAGAGGCCCGGCAAGACAGAUCUUCUCAGGAGGAUGGGGCAGAAGCCCGGCAAGAACAGUCAGAGAGCGAUUCGUCUCCUGAGGAGCCGCAAAGAGCAAGCAGGCCAAAGGAGAGCGUUGACAAGCAGUCCAUGAGGAUCAUGCUCAAGUUGAUGGAGGGCAUGCAGGAGCUUCAGAAACAGAUUGUGAUCUCCAAGGAGGAAGGAAAAGGUGAUGAGAUUGAAGUGGUGCGCUAUGUGGCGGAUCUCCCAAAACUUGCUGAAUGGAAUCCGGAGACGGUUGACGAGCACACCAAGGCCGACACCAGAGUUGCAGCAGAAGAAGUGGUCCCGGCUGGAAAGAAGGGCUUCGUCCUUGCUCUUGAAUGCGUUGCCGCAGACGAUGAAAGAGGAGGUGAUUGCGGCGAAGUCCAUCACAGCUUUGGGCAUUUUGUUCCUCGUGCGAUGCUGCAGUUUCAACCUGGAGGGCUGACAGAGAGAAGCGCUAUUUUGACGGCGCUGGAAGCACCUAUGGAAGCUGCAACCGUGGGUUCAGCCAUCCAACAGCUGAGACGUUGGAUGAGACGGAAGCGCCGGGCCCUUGAAGUUGGAGUUUCAAUUCCAGACAGUUCAAUUUUGAUGAAGGGAUUGGGACGUUUGGUGAGGAAAAUUGUUUCCAGUUACCCAGAUCUCAACUUCCGCUUGUCGUUGGUCAAGAGCUCAUUGUUGGUGGAGACAGUUCCAACGUUGGAGACAGUGACCCAGUACAGCGAACACCUUCUUGCAGAGCUGGAGCAGAUGGGACAGCAGGCAAAAAGGAAGGAAGUGAUGGCAGAGAGCCAGCCAAAGGUGAAGAAGUUUGAGGAAGCCUCGGGAAGCAAGCCUGAAGAAAGGACCAGGCCGAAGGGAAGCCUCAAGAGGAGUUUGAAGGGAGGAAAGGACCAUAUGGCCGCAGCCUGUCCGACCACAGAGGAGCCCAAGCCGAAGGCAGCAAAGUUUGGUUCCAAGACUGCAGAGAAGGAUGUGAAGUCCGCUACAACAUCUCCUGAAAAGUCCGAGGAGCAGUCUGAGGCCACGGGUAAUGGAGGAGAAGAAACUAUGAAGUCGUUGCUGGAUGAAGCAAGUCGGAUGCUCAAAUCAAUGAAUGAAGGAGAUGUCAAAGAAAAGAGACAGAAAGGGGAGGACGCACAAGAAAGGAUCUUGGGCCUACAGAAGCAGCUGGAUGAGCUCAAGAAGGCUUCUAUGCGACCCUUUCGCAUCUCCAAGUUGUGCCCAAUGGUGAACAAGGGCUUACUGGACUCAGGGGCAACACACCCUUUGCGAGCAAAAAGAAAGGGAGAACGUCUUCACCAUCUACCAAAGGUCAAGGUGACGCUGGCAGGUGACAAGGAGAUCUAUAUGGCACUCACUCCAACGGGAGUCAUUGUGGGCGAAGAAGGCACGGAGCCCAUAGUGCCCAUGGGAUUGCUGACUGCAGUCCUUGGAUGUGAAAUCUCAUGGAAGCCAGAAGGUCUUCAGGUGGUGCACCCAGUGCUUGGCAAAGUUGGAGGUGGUGGUUGA